UUCUCACGAACAGCUCGGUGUAGUUUAUUUGUUCAGACAUUUUGGAGACUGAAUAAGCGCGACUGGAGACGCGCGCGCGUUUCUGUGUUUGCGCGCGUGCUCGUGCGCGUGUGUGAGGUGCUCUCAUUCGGCGCUGGGUGAGUCCAGACUGCAGACGGGAGCAGAACCGAAACACUGCCGUGAUUUUAAUAGGACAGACGGAGGAUAUCAGAAUAUCUGAACGACUCCUCGAGCUCAUCGAUCAGCCCGACAGAUGACGCUGAUGAAGAUGAUAAUGAUGUCCGUGAUCGCAUGAAGAGAGUUUAUAUGUUUGUGCCUGUGAGGGAUUGAUCAUAUGAAGGGUUUGUCACACACGGAUAUUAGCACUUUCCGCGGUGUUUCUGGACGGAUCGUCGCCUUUUAAAGGAUGAACAUAUUGUAUUGCGGAGAUACGGAAUGAUGCUGUAACCGGUAGGAUGGUGGCAGGGGAAGUGAGUGGGCACAGCUUCCUGGUGGCAUGCUGGCAGCCCAUUCUAAUACUGAUGCUGGGCACAGUGCUGUCUGGCUCUGCCACGGGCUGCCCAUCGCGCUGUGAGUGCAAUGUUCAAGAGCGCUCUGUCUUGUGCCACCGCAAGAAGCUGAUGUCCGUUCCAGAGGGGAUCCCGUCGGAAACACGACUCCUAGACCUCAGCAAGAAUCGAAUCAAAACCAUAAACCCAGAUGAGUUUUCUGCCUUCCCGCAACUGGAGGAGCUGGAGCUCAAUGAAAACACAAUCUCUGCCAUUGAGCCCGGCGCCUUUAACAACCUCUAUGGCCUGCAGACUCUCGGCCUUCGCAGCAACAAGCUAAAGCUCAUCCAGCUGGGAGUGUUCACAGGCCUCAGUAAUUUAACCAAGCUGGAUAUCAGUGAAAAUAAGAUCGUAAUUCUGCUGGACUACAUGUUCCAGGAUCUGUACAACCUGCGCUCUUUGGAGGUCGGGGAUAAUGACCUUGUCUUCAUAUACAGGGCCUUUCACGGCCUUAGCAGCCUAGAGCAACUCACGCUAGAGAAGUGCAACCUGACCUCUGUCCCCACAGAGGCCUUCACGCAUCUGCACAGCUUGGUCACACUGCGCUUACGAAAUCUCAACAUCAACAGCAUUAGAGACUACAGCUUUAAAAGGCUGUAUCGUCUCAAAGUGCUGGAGAUCGCCAACUGGCCCUACCUGGAUACCAUGACCACCAACUGCUUGUACGGAUUGAAUCUUACCUCCCUAACGAUCACUAACGCAAACUUGACGUCGAUUCCAUACUUAGCCUUGCGGCACCUGGUUUAUCUUCGUUUCCUCAACAUGUCCUACAAUCCCAUCCAGAUGAUUGAGGGCAACCGGCUUCAUGACCUGCUCAGACUGCAGGAGUUGUACCUUGUGGGUGGCCGACUGUCAAUGAUCGAGCCCUACUCUUUCAGAGGACUCAACUACCUAAAAGUCCUCAAUGUCUCCAGUAACUUCCUUACCACCUUGGAGGAGUCUGUGUUUCAUUCAGUGGGGAACCUGGAGACACUUGCAUUGCACGACAACCCUCUGGCUUGUGAUUGCCGUUUGCUUUGGGUUUUCCGCCGCCGCUGGAGGCUCAAUUUCAACCGACAGCAACCAACGUGCUCCUCACCUGAGUUUGUUCAGGGAAAAGAGUUCAAGGACUUUCCUGACGUACUUCAGCCUAAUUACUUUACCUGUCGCAAGUCUAGGAUUCGAGAUCGAAAGCCACAGCAGAAGUUUGUCGAUGAAGGCACCACAGUCCACUUUGUCUGCCAAGCAGACGGAGACCCGACACCUGUGAUCAUGUGGCUUUCCCCACAAAAGCAGUUCAUCACUAUGAAGACGAUAGGUCGGCUUACUGUUUUCCCAGAUGGUACCCUAGAAGUACGUUAUGCUCAGAUUCAGGAUAAUGGCACGUAUGGCUGCAUCGCUAGUAAUGCUGGUGGAAAUGACACCGCUUUAGCCCACCUACAUGUUCACAGUUACUCGCCAGACUGGCCCAAUCAACCCAACAAAACCUUGGCGUUCAUUUCCAACCAACCCAACGACAACAGCAUCAACGAAACUAGAGCAACAGUCCCGUUUCCAUUCGAUAUAAAGACGCUUAUCAUCGCCACCACCAUGGGCUUCAUCUCUUUCUUGGGUGUGGUUCUGUUCUGCCUUGUUCUGCUCUUUCUUUGGAGCAGAGGCAAAGGCAACAGCAAACACAAUAUUGAGAUAGAGUAUGUCCCACGCAAAUCGGACGCUGGGAUGAGCAGCAGCGGCGCCGAUGCCCCUCGGAAAUUUAACAUGAAAAUGAUAUAAUCCAACCAGGGAGUUCAAAAGACCCUUCUCGUAAAGACUCGUAAAGACAAAAGCAAGAGAUUCCCUGCCUGAACAACCUCUGGCUCUGAUGAGCUCCCCAUAGAGGAGGGGUUUUUCUCCCCCUUUCUAAAGACGGAUGUGCGGCACAGAGGCAGUUGGUGCUUUUGUUCAAUAUUGAACAUGAGAGGGGGAAAAUGUCCUCAUGCGCACUCCUCUGUGAUGGCCGCUUAAACUCAGCCUACAGGGACCAAUAUCUUUGAGAGAGGAUUUUGUUUUAAAACACUUAAGUUCCUGUGGAUUUUUAUGGGCUAAAAAAAACGUGGAAAAAAAGGAAAACCGAACCUCCAAAAUGUUUUGUGUCAACCUUCAGAAUGCAAAGGCAGAGCAUCCUUCUCCCUGCAGUCCUGCUGCCCACAUCCUCUUUGUUUAACCCAUUGGUUUCUUGUUUUCUACUAAAUUUAAUAGUUUUAUGAGAGAAUAGCCGUAGAUAAAUAAAUCAGGGGUGAAAAGCACAUUUAACAAGCCUAAGUGCUGAAUUUGCCCAUAUUUGUUUUCUACAUUGUGUCUUAACAACAGAAUGUGGAAUAUAAUAGAUUGCAUUUCCAUUCCUGUCACAGAAAAAUGUGUAUAAUGCAACUUUCACCACACAUUGUUUUCUUUACACCUGUACUUUGCUGUUAGGUUCUAAUUUUGCUUUCAGAUGCGGACAUCUGUGGGAUUAACGAAGGGAAUUUUACGACUCAAGCAUCUGGAUAAACAAGUACAGGUUGGAUUAAUGGCUAGGCAAGUGAAAGCACCGGUAAUUAUGUGACUUUUGUUGUGUGUUUUGCUUUAAUUUUAUGUAGCGAUGAUCAAUUUAGCCUACGGCAAGCAUUUCUGUCGUGCCUGGUCAGGUUUAAACCCAUUUAAUGGCACCACAGCUUCACAUUUUUAUAUAACAACCCAUUCCGAGUUGUUGUUUUUUUUUUUUACUCAGAAGCCAAACUAAGAAUGUAUAGCUCUAUCUCCGAGUGCGGAGGUGCGAGAGUGAGCGAGUUUGCCACAGAAUCAAUCAUUUCAUCAAAAGGUGAGAGUGUUAAUAUGCUCGACAGCACUCAAUCACCUUCACCUGCUGGGUCUCACACCUGUCUCAUGCUCUCAGAUCCGUCUCUCAGUUCUUAAACCUGUCUCAUGCUCUCAAACCUGUCUGAUGGUCUCAGUCUUGGACCUGUCUUAUGUUCACAGAUCUAUUUUCUUAACAUUUUAUGAAGCGUUGGUCCCCAAAGAAACACUCCAGCACAUCUAAGGGAGCAGAUGUUGCUGGAUUUAUGGCAUUCAACAUUUAAACUAUCAAACAUACUAGUAUCUACUGUCAUGCAACUAGUACUUAUUUUAUAGCUAAUAGUACUUUUUUUAAUUAGAUAUUUGUCAUUAUCGAUUGGCUACCUUAUUAUUUUAGGUCUAGUGUGAUCUUUUUCUAAAAGAUACUUGUACCUAUUUAUUAGAUACUAAUACUUGUAAUAUUGACAAGUAUCAUACCUGUACGAGUAUCCAGGAGACCCGGAGGGGGGAGGGAUGUAUAGGUAUCGGGGCUGAGGUGUUUGAAUAACACAACCUCUGCGAAUGGUGGGAGGGGUGGGGGUGAAUUGCAGGAGUUUUCCAGGAGAAAUAACAAAACAGGAGAUGGGUCUAAAAUACGGGAGACUCCUGGGAAAAACGGGAGUGUUGGCAGGUAUGACGAGUAUCUAUUUUAUAGUAAGUAGUAACCAAUUUCAAAUUUUUGGGAACUGUCUAUCAAAUAUCAACCAUUCAGUUUUGACUACUAUGUAUUAAUAGUAAUAACCAGCAAGCAGUUUGUUGUGUUUAAAAGAAGUCUAAUAGAUGUCUAAUAGACAUUUUAACAUAGAUGUCUUGGCUAAAAUAAUGCUAAAUUUGGGCUCUCAGUAAAAAUCAAUAGACGCCUAAGAAUUCAAAAUAGACACCCAUAAUUCGACUAGUCAUCAAAUAGGCAGGAUUGGAGGACUAGAUGUGAAGUUUGUAUAAUUUUUGUCUACUUUUGGGCUGUUAUUAGGUGUCUAUUAGAUUUUUACUGACAGCCCAAAUUUAGCCUGGUUUUGGCAAGACGUCUAUGUUUAGAUGUUUAAUAAAUGCUAAAUUACUUGGUGGGAGAUUUACUAGUAAUAAUUCUAGCUCGAUCUCAUGAGGAAACUCAACUAUUUUACAAAUUGUCAGAGAUGUGGCUAAUUCGCACGAUUUUAUAUGAUUUCAGGAUGCAAAACCCUAGACCCCACCCCUAGCUCUACUGCUCAUUGGUUGAUGAGCAAAUCGUACUAACAUGAGUAUGAAUGACAUUAUACAAAUUAAUACAAGGUAGGAACUAAAUCAAAAAGUUACGAAUUGCCACUAGAUUGCUUUGGGUAUUCAUUACAUCCUUAUUAUUAUUAUUUUUUUAUACUAGCACCUGUUAUAACAUUCUGGUACUUAAAACCUAAUUGAUUUUAGUACUAUAUAAAUACUCAUAUCUAUUAAAACAAUACACAGCAGGCACAGGAUGUAAGAUUGACGUUGUACCCCUACGUUGUCGGACGUUGCAUUUUGUUUGGAAAUAAAAAUCAGGUUGACGUCAGAACCCAAUGUCAAGCCGACGUCAGUGUUCAACGUUGGACAGACGUUUCAUUUUGCUUUCUGACGCAAACUAAAAACAACUAAAUAUCAACAUCUAAUAAUGUUACAACUUGACAUUUUGUGGACGUUACCAGUAUGACGUCUAUCAGACGUUGGAUUUUGGUUGCUAUACCUGACGAAUAAAUGUCAAUAUGAUGUUGGUUAAAGAUGUUGGUUCGAUGUUGGAUUUUGGUCAACCGAAAAUUAACAAAAUAUAAACGUCAUUUCACAUCGUUAUUGGACGUCAAAUUAACAUCUUAUGACGUUGUGUGUCUGCUGGACUAGUUCUUAUUGAUUAGAUACUAGUACUAGGAAUGGAAUUAGUUCUUGUAUCUAAUAAAAGGAACUAGUACCUAAAUAAAUAAGCAUUAAUUUACAAUAGAUAAAAAUAGUAAGGCAUGCAAAUAGAUACUAGUAUGUUAAAAUGUGUAAUUGGCUUGCCACACUGAUUUGUUACAAUGACCACUAUCUACUUGGAGAACAAGAUUAGCAUUUAUGUUUACAGUCUUUAUGUUAAACGUUUGUGAAAAAAAAAGAUGGAGUUACUUGAAUGAGAAGAACGCGCAAUUAAAUGUGGAGCAGUGUGCAGGUUUCGAUGCAGAAAUGCAAUGGUUUAAUGAAUUCUCUCCACAGUACAGCUGUGUUUUUAAGUGUGUGGUUUAAUCUGGGCCAAGCAGGCAGGUGA